UCUAAGUGAGAGUAGGUUUUAAACAAGGUCUUUGACCUGUCUUAUGUAAACAGAAAUAUUUAAACCUGGAAUAGUAGAGGCUGCUGCAAAUAGUUCCAGAGAGCUGACAAGAUGAAGAAGCGGUCGACAAACCUUCGAAUCAAGUUACCCGUCUUCCUGUUUGUAACCCAGGUGAUUUUUGUUGCCCUUUACUUUGCCUUUGUGACUUAUGAUGAGCACGCUGAUGCCCGUUUUCAGACCAAUCAGACAAAUCCGAUGCACAAUGCCAUCUACAAGGACUACCCCAUCUUCACAGAUAUACAAGUCAUGAUAUUCCUUGGCUUCGGAUGCUUGCUGGCAUUUUUCCGAUUUUAUGGCUAUGGUGGAAUGGUUUUUAACUUUCUGACUGCUACCUUUGCCAUCCAGUGGGCCAUUCUGGUGCAGGGCUACUUCCAGUUCUACCACAAUGGAAAGAUCCACCUUGGAGUGAUCAAUCUGAUAAAUGCAGAGUUUGCCUGUGCAGUGGUCCUCAUCUCUUUUGGAGCCGUGCUGGGGAAGACCAGCCCACUGCAGCUGCUGGUGAUGGCUCUGCUGGAGGUCCCAGUGUUUGCAGUCACAGAGUGGAUGGUGCUGAAGUAUCUGAGGAUCAACGAUGCAGGAGGAUCUAUUCUCAUUCAUCUAUUUGCCUGUUAUUUUGGGCUGGGUGUCACUUUUGUGCUUUACAGGUCUGGUUUAAAAGAGGGCCAUAUUAAGGAGAACACCAGUUAUCACUCUGACAUCCUGUCUGUGAUUGGCACCUUGUUCCUCUGGGUGUUCUGGCCAUCAUUCAACUCAGCGCUCACCCUUAAGGGUGACGACCAGCACAGGGCCAUCCUUCACACCUUCAUCGGCCUCAGCGCCUCCACACUCACUGCAUUUGCUUUGUCUGCGAUGCUGAAUAAAAACGGAAAGCUCACCAUGGCGGAUAUUCAGAACGUGACGCUAGCUGGAGGGGUGACAGUCGGGGCUUCUGUAGAUAUGAUGAUAUCACCUGCGGUUGCAUAUGUGCUGGGUAUGUUGGGCUGCACUGCCUGCAUGCUUGGCUACAAGUACCUCAGCCCAUUCUUAGCAAGGCGCUGUAGGAUCCAGGAUCAGUGCGGGAUACACAACCUGCACGGACUUACAGGACUCAUUUCAUGUGUCGCAGGGAUAUGUGCCAUUUUGAUGGCUGACGAGGAGGUUUACGGUCCCAGCUUGUAUGAGAUCUUCUCCCACAGAGCUCCUGUGGAGGGAGACCCCAAGCUGCAAGAGCUAAAGAAGCUGGUUCCAGGUUUACAACAGGGUUUGGGAAGGACUGCACAGGAGCAGGCUCUGUUCCAGGUUGCAGCUGUGUUUUCCACAAUAGGACUAUCAGCACUGGGUGGCAUCCUGACAGGUUAUGUGUUGAAGGUACCUUACCUAGCAUCGCCUCCGGAUGACCUCUGUUUCGAUGAUGUGCUUUUUUUUGAAGUUCCCGCAGAUUAUAAUGCACCUCUUAAACAUGGCAACAACAUCACAUCAGAGGAUUCUCCAGCUCUGCAACACCAAAGAGUUUUUAUCCAAUUAAUGGACAAUAAUGAGGAAAUCAAAUGGGCCUAACUUUGUUUUUUAAACUGAUUGAAGCUGUGUGUGGUAUAUCACUUACUGUUAAAUAAAUGUUAUAUAUCCAUUAAACUGUAAUAAUCCCUGACAUUUGUUUUUUAAAUGCCAUUUAGCAAUUUUGCUUGAUUAUUAUGCUCUGGAAAAAUAGAAGGGUUACUUUCAGCUUCCAUGCAAAAUACAGUUACUAGUUUAACAUUCAAUUCAGUAUUUAAUCUUUUUUUUUUUUUUUUUACAAUUUUAAAUUUUAGUUGUGUUCAGAUUUUAAUAUCCAUGAAUAAAAUUGAGAUUAUAUUUUCAAAAGGAUGAAUAAAACAAGGCAGCUGAGAACACGAUCAGGAGAUUACGAUGACAGAGCCAAUAGCAAAUUUCACAGCUUGGAUUUGAGUGCAUGAAGCACAGAUUAUAAGAGAAUUUGUCAAGUGAAGAGAAGGAGAUUUAACAAACUGGAACCCCAUCAAAUUUUUUGAUAUUUUGUUAUUUAUCUGUGGGGAGCCUAGUGUUGUUGUUAAUCCAGUCUGCUUGUGUCCACUUCUUUAAAAAAAAAAAAGAAA